GCUCCUCAGUCGACGUCAAGCCGUCGCGACGUCUACCUAUUCCCAUUGUCACAUACUCCAAAGCCUUCGAAAUCGCGUGUUUCGAACGCCAGCCGAGCGUGCCCACCACCUGUUCGCGACAGUGUGCUCUUCAGUUGGUUAAACUAUCUUUCCGCUGGAAUACCAGGAAUGUGUUGGGUUUCAACGUAAUUAAAACACUCUAAACAUUACGGACUGUACGUUAAAUAUAAUACAUUACACUCGCGGUGCGGUCAGACCUUACGAUAAUACACGCGGAAACCGCGAUAACCUUCGUACGAUUAACGUCACUUCACGUCGUUGCACUACUUCGACGAUCUAACGUGGUGGCUUCGUCGUGCUAUUUGGAUUAUUGUAUUAACGUUUUCUCGAGGAUGAUUCCAAAUACGAGAAUCCUCGUAUGGGAAUCCCUCAUGACGAUCAGACACUGACAGUGCUUCAGGGUAUAAAAGGUACCGCACGCCACUGGUACCGCGUGUGCUAAAGUUCAACGUGGUGGGAAGCAGUGAAGGACUGGUGUAUUGUUUUGUGCGAUCUAUCACAUAUUGGAUUAUGAUUUUUGGAUAACCUACGAGGUGACGUCGUGCAACCGCGGCGCGACCCAGGGGACGAUGAACGGGCCCUGGAAAUAGCGUCGGGACGGAGACUAGGAAGGAAAGUGCUUUCGCGUGGUGCGCGUUACGUGAGGUAUUCUUUGUAAUUACGUCCUGGAGAAGGGGUACAAGCGGGACGAUGGGGGACCACGUGGGAGGGAGGGCUGUCGCAUUGAUAACGCUUAUCUGGAGUGAACUAAGGAACGCCAUUUUGAUUUAGUAAUCGACCUGUAACUGCAGUACAACGAAAACUUAGUCGGCGUUUAUAAAUUGCGUAUAUAUACGUAAACACAGCCAAAGAUAUUAGACCAAAUACGCAGUUGGUAUAGAGGACACGAGUCGAAGGAUUCUUUUUUUUACAAGGACUUUCUAUAUAUCGUACGUAAUUGAGAUCAGGACAUAUCCGGUGUGCUUUUUCGUCUUUGAUACUUAUACAUACGUACUGUGCGGGUUUCGUAACGAUUUAAACACGAAUCGAUAAGAAGACAUUAUUUGGGUUUGCCUAAAUAAAACGAAGGUCGCAGUGAAACUAAGACGGUCAGUGCGUCCGUAAGUUGUUUCGGUAAACGUGGGACUCGGUCCGUUGCUUUAUCAUCGAAUCAAGUUACGUUUGGGGGUUUUGAUACCUUCAAACCCAAGACAGGAAUCCUGUCUUCUGUAAGGAUAGUUAACGUUGAGGAGUGCAGGCACCGAGAACCGGUCGCCAAAAGGACCCCCAUGAAAAUGCUCCAGUCCCUGACCGCUCUGGCGAGUAAAAUCUCGCCAGGCUCGCCGACCGACAGCAAUGCGAACAAAGUGCACAUGCACAACAACAACGUGGUGCAUCAUCCCCAUCCGUACUCGAAGCAGCAGUCGCGGCCACCGUCCCAGCCGAACAACGGCGACCAAAAGGAGAAUACCAUUAUGAACAAUAACAGCGUCGAACAACCGGAUCCUGACUACAUAAAAAUGUUCGUGGGUCAGGUACCUCGCAGCAUGGACGAAAAUGAUCUUCGGGCGAUGUUCGAGGAAUUCGGCCGGGUUCAUCAGAUCAAUGUUCUCCGAGAUAAGGUCACCGGAAGCAGUAGGGGCUGCUGCUUCGUUACCUUCUUCACGAGGAAAGCUGCCCUCGCUGCACAGAAUGCUCUUCACAAUAUCAAGAAGCUCAAUGGGAUGCAUCAUCCGAUCCAGAUGAAACCAGCGGACAGCGAAAACAGAAAUGAACGAAAGCUCUUCGUGGGUAUGCUCUCGAAGAAGUAUGGAGAGAACGACGUUCGGAGUAUGUUCGGUGUUUACGGAGCGAUCGAGGAGUGCACUGUGCUCAGGGAUAAUGCCGGGCAGAGUAAAGGUUGCGCCUUCGUCACCUUCGCCAGCAAACAGUACGCCAUUAACGCCAUCAAGGCCCUUCAUCAUUCCCAAACGAUGGAGGGUUGCUCGUCGCCGUUGGUUGUGAAAUUUGCGGACACCCAGAAAGAGAAGGACCAAAAGAGGAUGCAGCAGAUACAAGCGAGUCUCUGGAAUAUUGCUGGUGUCAAUAUGACACCGCAUUAUUUAACAACCAACGACACGCACACCUUGGCGCCGGCCUCGUUGCAGCUUCUACAGCAACUGCAAGCGACGUCGAGUGCCGCGACUCCAGUGGGCGCAAGUGCCGGGGCCAGUGCGCUCUCGAGUGUUCAACAUCAGCUGUUGCUCCAGCAACACUUGGGUCUUGGCGCGGCAACGCCAACGCCAGCUGCACCGGCAGCGGUACCCAGUCCGCCAGAGAUCAGUCAAGCUAAUCUUCAAGGGUUGGCUACGCUCGCAUCCCUGAGCAACAGCGCCGGUGAGUAUGCUAACGCAGGAGUCUCUCCGAUGAGUAUGCAGAACCUCGUCACCCUUGCCGCCAUGACGGGUGGCAACGGCAACCUUCAGGUUUCUCCCAACACGCUGAGCGGGUUGGCGAAUUCGACAGCAGGUAUGUCGCUAUCCGCCCUUCUUGGAAAGACAGGAAGCACAGGGUCAACGGGUGGAAGUCUUAGUCCUGUUGCGUCGCUGGCGCUGAACUCCUUGACAGGGGCACCUUUAAAUGGACUUCAGGACUCCUUGAACAACGCCUAUUCCAGCUUGCAGCAGUAUGCAGCUCUCAUUGGAAAGACGACGGUGACCGUGGAAAAGAAAGAGUUGCAUAGGUUUCCGACGUUCACGGGCGCAAGCGCGGCAGCGGCUGCCGCAGCCGCGGCGGCGGCCGCGGCGCAAAACACCAGUACGGGUCCAGCGGGAAAGCAGAUUGAAGGUCCCGAAGGUGGUAACCUCUUCAUCUACCAUCUUCCGCAAGAGUUUAGCGACACGGAUCUUGCUUCUACCUUUUUACCCUUUGGUAACGUCGUUUCCGCCAAAGUCUUUAUCGACAAACAGACAAAAAUGAGCAAGUGUUUCGGUUUCGUCUCCUACGAUAAUGCAGCGAGUGCACAAGCAGCUAUCCAGGCGAUGAACGGUUUUCAAAUAGGCACCAAACGAUUGAAGGUCCAAUUGAAACGAUCUAAGGAAGCAUCCCGACCAUACUAGCCGAUAUCAAGGAUCGUUCGUAGCAGGUGGCCUGUGACGUUGUGACCGUGUACUCUCGACCGGAGUCGCCGUACCAUGUCUGUCUCAGUCAGUCACGAUUCAAUCUCUCGAUCAGUCUCUGUGUUUGUCGGUGCCUAUACGACUCUAUAAUUUUAAUCACAACACCUUCCUCAGAUCUUUCCUUGGCAUCCACUUCAAUGCUCCGAAUUUACCUCUAAAAAACAUCACCGGACUCGACUUCGUUCCACUUCAUCCCACCACCAAGUUCCAGCCAAACCACCUCGCCAAUGAACCUUCUACUUCAACAACCAUUUUGAAGUCUCACGGUGUUCUAUAUUAUAUGGAUUAGUACGAGAUCCAGGAUGGAUCUCUAUUGAUCUACGGAUCGCAUUAUCGUACGUGGAACGGGUCGGGAAUCCGUGACCGCGAAAAGUUGGGGUGCAAGUGCGCGAGUAACAAGUAUCUUCGGAUCGGAGAAAGGUAACGAAAACAGGAUCAGAUCGGUCGAUCGAGUAGAGGAACGCAACGUCAAAAAAUAGUAGGGACUAAAAAAACGAAAUGCGUGGCUAUUUUUUUGCCAGAUGCGAUUAGCUUUGAUCGACGCCACCUUUAUUCCCGUAUGUACAUAUGUGUGUUUGUUCGUAUGUAUAUAUACGUAUGACUGCAUACGUAUCCUACGUAUAUCUAUAUACACGGGUACGCGUCGUGACGUACGCGUGUAUACACAUAUGUGUACCUGUGCACAGUGGGCGUAAAAUCGCUAUCGCCAUAGAGAAUAUUAAAAAUAUAUUGAUUAUACGAAAGAAGCAAGAUAGCAUAUAUUAUUAUAUAAAAUUAGAUAUAUUAAACGUUGACUGAAAAUUAUUUUUAUUGGAUAAUUAUCGGAAUCGGGGGAUGAACCGGGUGGAGGUUUAAUCCCCCUACGUGACUCGGCAAUGCUCGUCGUUCGUUACGCAAUAUGUCGUCGUCGUGGCCGCGAUCGUCGUGAUCGUCGUGCGCGUUUACAGCCAGCGCGCCAGAUAUAAAAUUCAUUCACCUGUAUAAACGACAAUUUAUUAUCUGAAGUUCUUGGAAAUAUAGUGAAAAAAAAUGAAGAGAAAAAAAAGAGAAAAACUAAGCAAGAUGAACAAGAGGUAUAAGAGACACUUUGUAUAAAAGACUUUGUAUAAGAUUGUAUAAUACAAUCGGGAUUAUAGGAUCGCGUAAACGUUUAGGCGUGCGUACGCGUAUGCGUCCGUCACUUGUAUCGUUAGUUGGACUCCAUUGUUUGCACGGCAUGUCGGAUGCCUUACGUGGUGAACAUCGCAAGUCACAUGAUCUCUAAUUUUGGCCGCAGCUACGAAUAAACGCGUGUAAGUUAUCAUCCCAAUCAAGUAAAAAAAAAAAGGAACCAGACAUACGCGAUCCCACGAAAAUAUCCCUAGAUCCGAAACUAAUUCAAUCACGAAGCGAGAAAUCACUGUCGCUCGACGCUACCCUCGUCCAAAGUCUUUCCUUUUACUUUUUCAAUUUCCCUUUACAAUUUUCUCACGCAGUAUUUUCCAUUCUCUCCAACAAACUUUCUUUUAGUUUCUCCGAAAAAUUGCUGGUCCUCUCCGUGUCCAAUUACUUUUUCCCAGAUAUACAUUUUCAUCAGCAACGUUUAAUUCCCUUUGCGCCAAAUCAUCUUUAAAAAUUUUGCCUCGCCACACCCUGACUUAUUCUCACUGUUGGACGAUUCCGCGGAGUCGCAGUCGUGGUCAACGUCGUCGUCGCCGUCGUCCAGCCUGAACGACGUCGAGUACGCGAGGGGCGAGGAGCGAUUGAAGAAAUCUGACAAAUCUGUCGCAUGCGCAACCAUCUCCUUACUUCAACAACCUUUUGAUACCUUGCUUUUAACCUCUGGUGAUUAUCCGGCUGUCACUUGUGCCGGUGCAGAUGGAUAGACGCUCGGUAGCACUUAAUAAUUUUUCUUUUUCUUUUUUCUUUUUGUUCAACUUAAAUCGCUAUCACCGUACGUCGAUACGCACUUUUACGUUACUCCCAUUUUUCUCUCGUCACCGUGUAUAUGUAUAUAUAUAUAUAUAUACAUAUAUAUAUAUAUGCAUAUUGUAUCAGACCAAAUCACGGGGGAUACCGCUCCGACAGAGGAAUCAUAGGGAUUUUAUUAUACGUAUGUCGGUCGCAUAAUGUUUUGUUUUUACAGUGGAGAAUGUAAUUAUUUUUGUUUUUCUUUUGAACAUCAGUCAAACUGUUUUAGUAAAAUUGUAACGCUCUAGUACCCUAAGGGAUUUCUGUUUAAGCGGUUACCACCGUAUCUUCGGCUGGCCAAGCCGAUAGAAGCUCCGAGCAAGAUACCAAAGACGUGUCUUACGUUGAUUAACCGAUGUACUUACUUGCAAAGCUGACUAAGAAUGACUAAUUAACACGUUAAACCAAUUGACUAACUCAUGGAUAUCGAGCACACGAUGGAAAAGAAAAAAAAAUAGGAACCUAGUCAUAACUAUCGUUAUAUCAUUGACGUCGUAAUCGUCAUCGUCAUCGUCAUCGUCUCAUUGCCGCCGUCGUCUGCCGUUUUCGUCAUCGUGAUGGUCAUCGUCGUCUUCGUCGUCGUCGUCAAUCGUCAUCGUGAUCGUCGAUUCGGAUCAUCGUCACCGGCAUGAACGUCACUAUUGUUACUGCUAAUACUUUUGUAUUACCGCUCUUAUUAUUACCAUUAACGCGCUACUGCUAAUGCUGUUGUUACUAUUAUUCAUUAUUAAUAUUAUUACUGUCAUUACUGUUGUAUGUGACUGUUACUACGAUGAUGAUCAGAAGUAUUGCCGUUAUCGUUAUUACAUGCUAGAUCGCUUGGUCAUCAUUACCAUAGACUGUGUCCUAUCUUUGAGCCAAUCUUAGUCACGAAUGGUCAAACAGCACUUUGACUAUACUAAUAACGUCGAAUGACAGUACUGGCCAAAUCGAUCAUUGCCAUUAGCGAAAAUCAUUCACUCUUCAUUUUAUUACAAGCCAUCAGGCACUCAUCAGUCAAAGGUCAUAUUCGAUAUGGUUUAUGGUAAUGACGGGCAUUUGUAAGAUCCGCACGAGCGUAUUUCUUUCGAGAUCGUUCAAUAGAGAUACAUAAAAAUGUACUUACAUGUCAAAUGUGCGGCGAUCGAUAGACUUGCUUUCUUUGUUCAAUCCAAAUUUGCCAUUAUUUUUUUCUACUCUUUUACGUAAAGAAUGUCUAAUGUAUUCAUCGACGUAAAGUCGCGCGAAACAUUUCGAUUCUGAGACAAACAGAGUGCGUGGAAAAAAAAGAAAUAUGAAAAACUCGUGCGAUAAACUCGGAAUACUCUCGUGCCAUUAAUUGAGCGAUCGAUUGCUUAUGUUUCGACAUUAGACGACAUUUCGCGAUCCAGUGCGAUACGAUGCGAUACGACGCGUACAUAAGGUUAUUAUUCAAUGGUGUUGAAUUAUCGUUACCAAUCGUUGAAUGUUCGUAAAUUGUAAUGGUUUACGUUGACGAGCGGAUAAGGAGCUAGUUUUAUAGAGUGUACGUCGCAGAAAUCUAAGUUUAAUUAGUUUAUAUUGGGAUGGCAUGAUGGCGCGAUUGCAUGGGGUUCGCUCUCCUACGUCAUAUCCGGGAGCACGAGCACGUGUUUCUUAUCACGCCGGUACAAUCUUGAUCGCGACCCGUCGCCAUUAUCACCACUGACCCUUCCCAUCCCAUCCCCCUCUCUCCCCAAUUUAUUAUCAUCAUUGCCGGCAUUAUUAUCUAUCGUUAAUUCUUCUAUUACUUGUAUCGAUCAUUGUCACUAAUAUCGUCACUACCACCAUGCCCCCCCAAAUCUUAUUAUUAUUUUUACCGUCGCUAUAGGUAUAUUUGAUAGUGCUAAUAUUACUACUACACGCUACGGUUACGAGUACUAUUAUAUAUAUAUACACAUAUAUUAUUAUGUUAUUACUAUUAUCACGAACGUCAAAUUCUUAUUAUCGUUUACAGCUAAAAGUUAUUUGUUUUAUUCUUCGUUUUGUAGACAUGUUUAUUUUUUUUUUUUCCUCCCAUUUGACGCUUAGUACGUCCGUUAUUAAGACGACACGCUGGGAUUAUGUCAUGCGCGCGCACGUGCGUAGAACGUCACUUGAAAGAGCGUACGGAGUGUCAUGUAACGAGAGAUACACGUUUCUAUCUCUUCUUUUCUUCGUUGAACCACGUUCUUACAUUUUUCUUAUGUCCGUCUGUUAUUCAUACGCAAUCUUUUUCUCGCGACGUGAAACGAGAACCGACGCCAGUUAUUGUAGAGAAUAAAUGAAACCAAAGGUGUAGACAAGAAAUCAAAAAUGGAGAGCGCAACUUCUCCUCGCGAGAUAAAGGAAUCUAGUAUUUAAGAUGCGCUCUGUCAUCCCCCGUGACGUAUUAAAAUUAUACGCCGAUCAAAUAUUGUUCGACGACACGUCUCGCGGUGGGGCGAUCGAAAAUUGCGACUGGGUAGCCCGGUACCGGAAGUUUCUUCGUUUGACGACGAAUACUCUCCGGUCCUUCGUUAUCGCUGACUUUAGCAAUCACGGCAUAUCCCACCGUGCCAUUUUUACGCAAGAGAACCGAGAGGUCGACGGAUUGCAGUGCUGUUACUUCUUAAUGUAGCAUUAUACGCGAUUCCACCUUUUUUUUAUGGCUGGAACACUUUUGGGCAUUAAGGCAUCCCCUAUUACGCGUACUCCCCUUUGACUGGUAUGCGAUAAGAAUUUUGGAUCGAGGAAUUUUCAUUUUUAUCAAAGGGGUCAUUUUUCUUUUUAAAGCGAAUCGCAAUGCCACGUCUUCUCGGUAUGAUAAACUCGGUCAGUAUGAGACGUAUGUCAGAUAUCAAUAUAUUUAUUUUGUUGGCUUAUUUUUUAUUACUUAUUUUUUUUAUCCCUCUUCCCCCACUUUCCCCGUCCCGAUACAACUUACGGAACGGACCUUCUAGUCCAUAUUAUUUCGACGUACCUACCAUUGCUAGUUCAGUGCUAUAAUUUUUCUAUAACUAAUAUAACCGUUGCUGGAGUCAAUAUACGUCAGAACGUCGAGAGAUUGUAAGAUUCUCGUGCCAGGAAACAUUAAAUGGAAACGGACAUGGAAGCUUGAGAUAUCUUAGCCAAUGAGCUUUUUCAAGAUUCUUCACCGGCAAUCACGUGAGGUUCGUGUAACUUUUUUGUUUGCCCGACAAGGUAAACUGAUCUCCACCUUUCCCGUUACAUAAUAAUUAGUAUCCGCGCAUAUCUUACGAUGGACACAUACCGUAUGUAGGCUGUAUCACCUAUGUUUUAAGAGUAUUUUUCUGUACGUAAUAAAUUAGUAAUUGCUACAGCCCGAGUCACUUUGUGCUCUAGCCGCAUACAUGUAUACACGUACGCUACAAUUGAUAUAUUUAUAUCGAUAGAGACGCGCACAUUCUCUGUGAGCAGGGACACACGUGCUUUUCCACGUGAUGGUGUUGGAACGUGAAAGCGAUUGAUGGCUUUGAUUCACGGAUUGCUUUGUAUCUAAGGUUUGUAAGCUGUUAUUACUUUACUGUGAGCUAUUUGAGAUUUUGCGAUUCGGAGGAGUCAAAAAUCUAAUUGGGUCAACCGUUUUUCCUAUGCACUCGAUUUUCUGGUAAUAUAUCAUUGUACACUUUUGAAACUUUAUACAUCACGGAGUCAAACGAAAUCGAAUGGGGAAAGAACUUUUGAAAAAUUAUAUAACAGCAUUUGUAUAAAAUUUCACGGAGAUUCAUGUAAAAGCGGGGUGUUUAUUAUGUCAAUAAAUGAACAUUUUUACACUGUCAUUGAGAACUGUGUACAAAUUGGAUAUGGAAAUUUUGAAAUUCUAUAGAUAUCAGUAUACUUAUGUGUAAAUCUGCUGUCAUCACGGGAACGAUGUAUUUAUAUAGUCGUGUGGUAAAAUAGUUUUCCUCGCUGCGCGUAUUCGAUCAUUUUGAGACUUUCGAAUCGCAUAUGAAUGUCUAUUACUUCGAGGGUGUAAUACGUUCCGUUGUCACGAGACUUAAGUUCGACCGGUAUUCGGGUAAUUAUUGUGUACGUAUAUUGAGAAGAAAUCGUGAGAUCAAGACGAGAAUUUUCAUUCGGGCGAGGUCACAGUUCAUCGUCAAAGAGACGUCGUAUUGAAAUUGGCGUCAGGCUCGUAAGGGAAGCAAAUCACCGAAUUUCAGCACCCAGUGCAUUGUCUUGGCGUCGUAAGUUGAAUACAGUGACAUGCAAUUUAAGUACUCACAUUGACAUAGUAAUGUAACGAUUUAUCGCAUAGCGUACGUUUAUCACAACUAAGAGUCACUGUGUCUAAAUAGUAACGAUUUAGAUUUUAUAUAUUGCGUGCGAGAGUAUAGACGUGUGAAAAAAAGUGUGUGUGAGCGCACCGCGCUGUAGUUAGGCUGGCAAGUUAAUAAAUCGUAUUUUGGAAUUAAA